UGUAUCACAAGAAUCUCACACCAGCAGCAACUUUAGAGCUAAAGUCCUGUCCAUUGUGUGAAAAAGAGUUUAGAUGCAAGGUUAUUCCCAAUGCAUUUGCAAAAAUGCCGAGAAUCUAGAAAGCAGAACACGGCUGAACCAAAUCCUCAAUCUCCAGAAAAGCGAAAGAUCCAAGAAGAGGAAUAUAGUUCUCCGAAAAGGAGAAGAGUGGAUGAGGAUCAGGAUGAGAAAAGAGUACCUCCGUUUAAAAUGAAGAUCCCUAGGGAUCAAGGAUUGGAAAAUACUGGAUCCAGUCCGUCUCAACAAGACAACGUUACUAUAGAUAAGAAUAAUUGCCCUAAAUGCCUACUGGAUUAUACUUACGGGCAGAUGGUGAUGUGUGUCAAAUGUAAACAGUGGCUGCAUUGUGAUUGUGUAGAUAUUGAGAAAGUACCAGAGAAGAAUGAUCCUAAGUUCAAGUACACCUGUAGUGGCUGCCAGGGAACCGGGAGAACAGAUCAGAUCUACCCUUGUUCAGAAUCUUCCUGUCCCAGGAGUUUCAAAACCAAGAUUAAGCUCCUCAAACACCUCUGCAAUAAACAUCAUAAGAAAUCACUCAUUAAGGAUUUUCAAAUCUCUGAAAAGUCACUUGAGUGCUUCAUAUGUUCACAUUCUUUCAGUUCUAACUCGGAUCUCAUCUUACAUCUAGGUUUAUCCCACCAAGGGUCUCUGAAGUAUCUCUCAACGUAUAAGCAUCUCGGAACCCGACCAAUCCUCAAAACUAUGGAUGAGUUUAGAUGCAGUGAAGAUAUACUUAAGAACGCUCCCCCCACUCCAUCUCCCGAAAGCAUGAAGAUAGUAAAACAGAGUAGUACAAAUCUAUUCCCUUGCUCAAUGUGCUCUCAAACUCUACAGUUCAAAUCUAAGCUCUACACUCACUACGCUCAUGUCCAUUUCAGAGACAAACUUCUGGAAAGGUUUAGAGGUUUACCCAAUUGUCCCUUUUGCAAUAAUAGAUUAAAAUCAACAGAUUCUAUUUUGACCCACAUGGGUUCUGUUCACAAUCAUGUUGAGCAGUUUCUAGAUCCAGUACAUCAUGCGAAAAAAAUGCAGGAAAAAACAACAUCCCCCCCUGAAGAUCAUGUCUCCUGUUAUCUCUGUACCUUCACCAGCUCAAAUAAAAAGGAUCUGUACAUGCACUACAGUUUGGUGCACUUUAAGGAACAGUUAAUUAAAUCCUCUGACAUUGAUUCAACAUGUCCAGUCUGUUGCACGCAACUAAGUUCUGAUAUUACAGAAAAGGUUCUGCACAUUGGAGUCACCUGUGGAUAUAUUGAAAACUGUUUGCCGAUUCAGCAUCAUGUCAAGAACGCCGUAGCAGAAGAGCUUGCAAAACAAACUAACCCAACAGUAAAUAUUUCCUUUGAGACUGAAAAUGUUGAAACUAUUGAGAACUUAACUCCCACGCUUUGCAUUAAGAAGUUAAGCAAUGCUGACCUUAAUGAUUCAAAUGAUGCUUCUUACAAAUGUUCUCUUUGCUGCGAAUUCACAACAACCUGUCAUAAACUUCUUCUUAGACAUUAUGCUUUUAGUCACUUCAGGCAGAAGUUCAUUGAUGAAUUUGGUGAAUCAGAUACAUGUCCGGAUUGUGAACAAGUUUGUCCUUCCCCCCUUGGCAAAGUGAGCCAUUUGCUAAAUGCUCAUAACUACAUUGAAAAGUAUCUAAAUGACGAUCACAGAAAAGAAGUUGAAAUUGAAGUUGAAGUCGAAAAUGAAGGCCCUGUUGUUCAUGAUUGUUACAUUUGCAGUUACAAGUCUCCUAUCAGAAGUAGAAUGUACACCCAUUAUGCAACAAAUCAUUUUAGAGAAGAAAUAAUGGAAAUAUAUCCUGAAAAAGACUUAUGCCCACUCUGCAGCAUGGUAUACAAGAACGAACAAUCGAAAUUUGUUCAUCUCGCCUGCACGCACAGUGUGGUUGAACUUUUUCUAAAAGAGGAGUAUAGAAUUCAAAAAUACUUUCAAGGCGAGCCAAAAUUAAUGCAUAAUUGUUCAAAAUGUGAAUAUUCAGCUCAUGAACGACACAGAAUCUAUAAUCACUAUGCUAUUGUUCACUUCAAGCAGGAAAUCCAUGCUAAAUACCCUGAGGAAGAUUUCUGUUCACUAUGCAACAAGAGCUUCAGCAAUGAGCAUGACAAGUUAGGCCAUCUUGGUAGUACACAUAGUGCAGUAGAUCUCUUCUUAGAGAAGGAGUUUACCAUCCCUAAAAAAUUAUCUAAUGGUAAUAAGGUUAAAGAGAAUGGUAGUGAAAAAGGUGAAGACAUUGAUUAUGCUGAGAGUAAUCAUUCUUUUUCUUCUAAUUCAACCAAAACUAAUCUCCUAUCCACAAAAGACGAAAAUGAGGAGACUGGCAUGAAUUCUGUUUAUACAUGUUUUGCUUGUGAUUACUCAUCUUCUUUACGCAGCAGAAUGUACACACAUUAUGCUUUGAUGCAUUUUAAGGAUGAAAUCCUAGCUGAAUACCCUGAUAAAGAUUCCUGUUCAAUAUGUGGAAAGAUGCUGGUUAAUGAGAGGGUCAAACUAAAUCAUUUAGCAUGUGUGCACAGUGUGGUGGAGAAGUUCUUGAAAACAACCCACAUUAUACCAAAACAGUCGGCGCACAAGAGUAAUAUGGAGUAUCUAGUAGAGGAUACAAUUUUGCAAGAGGAGAAUGCAAGUGAGGAAUCUGUUUAUUCAUGUUUUAGUUGCGAAUACAAAAAUUCAUUGAGAGAAAAAAUGUAUACACAUUAUGCCAGAAAGCAUUUUAAAGAUAAAAUCCUUGCUUUAUACCCUGAAGAGGACUCUUGUGCAAUAUGUGGCAAGAUCUUGCUUAGUGUUGGUGCCAAACUGGUUCAUUUAGCAAGUACGCACAGUGUGGUUAACCAAUUCUUGAAGAGGAGUCAUAUCAUACCAAAACGUUGUUAUAAAAUGAAAAGUAACAUGGGUUGCCCAGAAAAUGAAAAUGUGCAGAAGGAGAAAGAAAAUGAUCAAACAGUUUAUUCAUGCUUCAGUUGUACGUUCUCACAUUCAAAGAGGAAAAACAUGUACUCCCAUUAUGCUAGGAAGCAUUUUAAAGAAAAAAUUCUUGCUCUAUACCCUGAAGAGAGUUCAUGUUCAAUAUGUAGCAAAAUCUUUAUCAGUGAAAGUGCUAAGCUAAAUCAUUUAUCAAGUACCCACAGUGUGGUUGACCUGUUUCUGAAGAAAACCCAUAUCAUACCAAAACAGCGUUUUAAGCUUAGGAGUGACAUGCUUUGCACAGAAAAUGAAAAUGUGCCAAAGGAGAAAGAAAAUGAUCUUUCUGUUUACUCAUGUUUUGGUUGUGAAUACUCAAGUCCACUUAGAAAAAGAAUGUACUCACAUUAUGCUAGAAAGCAUCUGAAGGAUAAAAUCUUAGCUCAAUUCCCUGGUGAAGAUUCAUGUUCAGAAUGUGGAACAAUGUUCAUUAAUGAGAGCGCCAAACUAGAGCACCUAACAAGUAAACACAAUGCAGUGGACUUGUUUUUGAAAAUGAGUCAUAUUAUUCCAAAAAGGAGAAACAAUCCUCCAUCCCCUCAUAAAUGCUAUAUUUGUGAUUUUGAAACCAUUAAACGACAUAACAUAUACAAGCACUACAGUUUCAAGCAUUACAAAAAUAAAUUCAAGCAAGCUUAUAACCUGGAUCUUCCAUGUCAUAUAUGUGGCCUUUCUCAAUCAACACGCUACAAAAUGAUUCAACAUCUUGGUGCAACUCAUGAUUUGGUGGAACAGUUUUUACCAAAACAGUAUCAUAUACCUCAGUCAAAAAGUCAUCACAAGAAAGGUCUUCCCUUUAAUCCUCUACAGUGCUCUAAGUGUGAAUUUGUGGCUAAAACUGCCUCAAUGCUUUAUCAACACUAUGCUCUGAAACACUUCAAAAAUUCUAUCAUCAAGAAGUUUGGGAUCCUUGAAAACUGUAGCAUUUGUGAUCUUAAAUUUUCUUCUAAAUGGCAUCAGGUUAUCCAUCUUGGCACGAAGCACAGAAUUGUUGAGAAUUAUCUGAAGAAAAAAUAUCACUUGCCCUUAUAUUACAAAGAAAAGAAAGAUAACAAUUCAAAAAUGCACCAACCUGAAACUAGCAUUAAAAGUGCAGACGAAAAAAAAGUUUACAACCUCAUUGACUCUACUCCAUCAGAUGAAGGCCCUACUUUAGAAGGAGAAACCUUUGAGGUCUACAUGGAUAUUGGGGAAGAAAGUGAGGAGGAGAUUGUACCACAAAUUGAUGAUCGUCUUGAUGAAGAAGAUAAAGCUUCCAGAGACUCUGAUAACCUUAGUGAAAAUCAUUCUGGAACGUUUUCAGGUUUAGAACGAGAAACUGUUAAAAAAAUAAGAAAUGAAGAAUCUGAUGAUGACACAAAUAAUGACAUUAACAUGUUGGAUGUUCCACCUGAAGAUUCAGAUGAAGAUGACGCAGGCAACUGCAAUGGUGACGUCGUUCUUGAUGUUGAUGACUCCUUUGAUGAAGAAGACUCAGAUUCAGAAGAAAUAGAUAUAGAUGAAGGAAUAGAUAUAGAAAUAGAUGCAAGUGAUUUAGGUAUACAGAUUGAGGAUGAAACUGACUUGGAUUCAGAUGAUAAGAGUGCAUAUGCCAAUGAUCAAGCAGACAUGGAUGGAAAAGGAACUUGUGUUUAUUUAGAGAGCAGGAAUUCAGAGGCAAACUCGGUAGGAGCAAAUGUAGUCUGCACAGAUUUAGCUAAUGCAGAUAAUGUAGCUAUAUGUAAAGCAUAUACAAUUAAGGAGGUUUUGAAAGAAAAGCAUGCAAGGGAAGAAGAAGCACUCAAUGCGUAUUCUUGCCAUGACUAUGUGAAAAAUGCUAAUGUAGUAAAAUCAAAGGAUGAUACUAAUGAUGAAGAUUGUGUUGAAGCAGCACAUGAACAAGAUAAGAAUGUUGAAAAGAAUGUAACAAUGGAUAAAGAGAAUGCUGCAACUGAUAAAGAGAAUGCUGCAACUAAUGAAGAUAAUGUUCAAGCUAAUGAGAAGAACCCUACAAUUGAUGAAGAUAAUGCUGGAACUAAUGAAGAUGUUCCAGCUAAUGAGGAGAACUCUGAAACUGAUGAAGAGAAUGCUGCAACUAAUGAAGAUAAUGUUCAAGCUAAUGAGAAGAACCCUACAAUUGAUGAAGAUAAUGCUGGAACUAAUGAAGAUGUUCCAGCUAAUGAGGAGAACUCUGCAACUGAUGAAGAUAAUGCUGCAAUGAUUAAAGAGAAUGCUCCAAGUUAUGUAGAGAACUCUGCAACUGAUGAAGAGAAUGCUGCAACUGAUGAUGAGAAUUCUGCAACUGACGAAGAUAAUGCUCCAACUGAUGAAGAGAAUGCUCCCACUGAUGAAGAUAAUGCUCCCACUGAUAAAGAGAAUGCUGGAACUGAUGAAGAGAAUGCUGAAACUGAUGAAGAGAAUGUUGCAUCUGAUGAAGAGAGUUCUGCAACUGAUGAAGAGAAUUCUGCAACUGAUGAAGAGAAUACUGGAACCCAGGAAGAGAAUACUGCAACUGAUGAAGAAAAUGCUGCAACUGAUGAAGAGAAUGCUUUAACUGACGAAGAGAAUGUUCCAAGUAAUGAAGAGGUUAGAGAUGAUGUAAACAAGAGUAAAAAGGGUAAUAAUUCUGAGUCAGAAAAAAACAAAUCUAAAGUUACUGAUACAGUCGAACAACAUGACAACAAGAGGAAAGGGACAUUAAGCAAUCAUCUGGUCUCUCAGUCAGGUAUUGAUUUACCCAGUCUUCCACAGAGAAGUCAAGAAUCAAUAUUAAAAGCUGUCAUGGAUCAUGGCAAUAGUACUGUUGAUAAAGAUGUGGGACUUGUAACUGAUGAAAUCUAUGAAGCUGAAUCACUUGAAGACGAAAGUGUGAAGACUGAUGAAGUUGGAUUAAAGAUUGAUGAUUUAAAAUUGCCAACUGACAAAGAUAAGUUGACUUCUGAUGAUGAAGGAAUGAAAAAAAUUGAAAACGGAUUAAAAUAUAGUAAAUUAGGAAUUAACAAAGACGAAGUAGAAUCUCGGACUAAUGAAGAUGGAUCAGAGGCGGAGAAUGUUGAACCAAUAACCAAAGGUAAAGAGGGACAGGAGAAGAACAAGGAGAAGGAGGAGGAAGAGGAGGGGAAGGAGAAAGCUGCCGAAUUGGAGGCAACACCAGCUGAAGCAGCAGUACAUUUUGUUGUCAAGAUUGAACCUGGACUUAGAAAAGUAAUUGACUAUCGAGAAAUCUGUUUUAUUGAAUCAGAUACAGAUUCAGAGUCGGAUUCCUAAUAACUUGACAAAAUAAUUUUUCCUCAAAAGUAUUAUUUCUGAUCUGUUCAUACUGUAACUAGUUACACUGUAACUAAACCAAUGUACAAACAAUUACUGAUCUUGACUGAUAUUAUUCAUUCUGAAAUACAUAUACAUACUUCUUCCGUUAAA